CAUUUGUAUCAAAUACAAAAAAAUCUGCAUUUGUAUUAAAUACAAAAAAUCUGCAUUUGUAUUACUGUUAUGUAAAUCUGUCAUUUGUUAUACAUGUGUAUAAUUUAAAUAUUAAUAUUACUUGAUAAAUAGAUAAAACAUCUUUUUAUAGAUCAAAUCAAUGUGCCUAGCACCUUUUCACUUUUCCUUAUGUCUUCAAACUUCUCCUUGAUAGGAGCUGAGGAACAAGUCACUUCUCCCUAACAUUUUGGUACUGCUAGAGCUCUGAUAAGGCAUAAUCUAACUUGAUCCAGCAGGCUGCUCUUCUUUGGACAUUUUCAAUUUGAUCAAUUUGUAUUUUUGUGUGGGGAGACCAUGCUUUGUACCAUAUUCUAGCUGGGGUCUGACUAACGUUUGGUGUGCUAUCUUGGAUGGCAUUCAUGUUUAUUUUUGUAGCCAACAUUUACCAUUGAAGACAUGUCUUGUGGCAUUGAAAUGAUUAUUUUACUUUCAUUUCAGAUCAAGCUUUAUUAUUGACAUCUGGUAUUUAGAAUGCCUUUUGGCAAGAGAGGAAAACUUGAGCGAAGAAAGGGAUACCAUAAGAAAAGGGUUAGAAAAGCACAAGAAAAACCACAAGUUAAUGAAGAGCCAAAUGAUGAUUACUUUGAUAUUUUAAAAGUUCAAGUAGAGCCAAGUGUGGAUAACUUCGUUAUUUUAGAAGUUAAAGAAGAACCAAGUGAUGAUUACUUUGAUAUUUUAGAAGUUAAAGAAGAGCCAAGUGCUGAUUACUUUUAUAUUACAAAAGUUAAUGAAGAACCAAGUGAUGAUAACCUUGAUAGUUUAGAAGUUAAAGUAGAGCUAAGUGAUGAUAACUUUGAUGUUUCAGAAGUUAAAGAAGAGUCUAGUGAUGAUUUCUUCAGAAGUUGUUUUGAUUCAGGUUUUGGAAAUCUCAAUGGAGAUCCAUUUGAAUUCAUUUCUGAUAAACAAGUAGAUAAUGACAAUUUAAAGGCGGAUGAAUAUUUUUUGAUACUUGAUAAACCUUAUCAGUACUAUGAACAAGAUGACAUUGACGCUCUUAUUGCAACUGAAACAGCACGUGUUUUUGAUAAAUUGAAGGAGGAAGCAAAAUAUUCUAAAAACAAUACCAGUUUCAUAUGUAAUAGACAUAGCAAUUUUAUAAGAUUUGUCAGUCUCUAUGAUGAAGACAUUGUGAAACUGAAAGUAGUAUUUACUGUGUCUCAUGAUUUUACAAUUUCAAUUCAAGUACAUGAAAAGAAACUACCCUCAAGUCAUGAAAUUUGGACAGUUAUACCUUCAGUUUGUUACACUUUUAGAGUUCUUGAAAGAAUUCUGAAAAUUGUUGGAUCAUAUACGACAUGCAAUGGAAAUCCUGAUCCUAGUUUUCAGGAGUUUAUUCCUUAUGGUUCAUAUCUUGAUGCAAAUGAUGCACCAAAGAAACAAGGCUACAGAGACAACUAUACUGGAAAAUCUUCUAUAUACUCAACUUCUUGUCAUCUACUUACUAAAGGAACGCGGUGUAAAAACUGUAAUGUCUACAGAGGAACUUUAAGAUCUUUGCUAGGUAGAAAACAAAAGAAUGAUGGUGUUAAAACAACUGAAAUAGACUGGCUUCACUGCCGCACUGCAAACAGCAAGUUGACAGAGAAUCAAAAAAUUCUUAAGUUGCAACAGCUUAAGGAGUAUUCAUUGAGUUUAGAGAAGGAAUUAAAUGUACUUCGAAAAAAAGUAUCUAGUGAAAUUGACAACAAAGGGGUGGUUCCACCAGAGAAUGAAAAUAGGGACUUUUUUCAUGUUGUUAAAGGAUUUAGCACAAAUGAAAAUUUGAACGAAUGUGAGAAAGAUGAACAAAAAUAUAAGAUGCUAUUUUGGGAGGAACAGCUCAAGUAUAGCAAAUUGAAAGAUAAGCGUCAAAUGAGAUGGCAUCCCAUGCUUAUCAAAUGGUGUAUUAUGCUUAGAAGUAAGUCUGGAAGUUUGUAUGAUUUGUUAAGAAAGUCCAAAUUUAUAAGCUUGCCAAGUGAAAGACUAUUGUAUGACUAUACACACGUAGAAAAAAAUGCAACAGAAUUUCAGCCUGAAACUACAGAAGUGCUUGACAGUGAGAUCUGUGGAGAUACUGGUAAAGAAGAAAAUGCAAAACGAAAACAUAGUCUAGCACCUAUAGACGCUACUCCAUUACCAAAGCGCAAACGAAUUUCACUUUAAUGAAUGGCUGUUUACAAACGCUAAAUUGAAAUGGAAUUAUGCUAUGAUGUCAUUGAUGUGUUCUAAAACUGGUGUUAACAGUGAAUGAGUGCAGUUUGUGUUAUUCUUUUGACUUCCAUGUUUAUCUCUUCCACAGAAUUGCAUUCAUUAUUAUAUUAAUACAAAAAAAAAUCACAAAUGACAUGUUAAAACUAACAAUUUGAUGAAUGCUAUCUUUAUAUUUAAAAUGAUACAGAUUGAAAAUAAAUAUCCUAUUUCUUAAGCAUAUUUCAAAACGAUACCCUAUUUAUUGCCUGUUUUGUCUUUUUCAUUAUUUAAUAGCAUUAAGAACAUUUUACUGACUGACCCCAAAGGUAAUUUUGUCAUAAAAGUGCAUUGAUGUAUUUGUAUGGUCAAUAAUUCUGUAAUUUGUGGAUGUCCUAAAAAUGACUUGUCAGAGAUUUGUUUAACAUGAGGUCUGUGUGUCAUGCUCAAGAAUUAGAUUUUUAGCUCAAAAGGUCAUGAUCACACUAAAAAAUGAGCAUCAAAUGUUGUAAUAGAAAUUUUAUAUAAAAGUGCACUGAUGGUCAUGGCUGGUUAAUUAUUCUGUCAUUUCUGAAUGGAAUUUGAAUAAAAUAACAGAAAUGGUUUUGACAUGAUGAGAUGUGUCACAUGAUUUAUUAUUGUGCCUUGAAGAUAAAUGUACAUGUAUAUAUGACUUCAUAUGUUUGUAUGUACAAUGCAUGCUCAGUAACUUGUGAUAUUAAAAGUAUAGAAAGUU